AUGAUUACCGCGUCAGAGUCAGCGGAGAACAUUAGGCCUCUUCCUGAUGCGCAAAGUGUAAUUAAACAACGGCAACAUGCGGAAGAAGCAAUAUCCAAACCUAUACCUCUUGCUCCCAUGAUGGGCUCAUUUAUGCAUUCAGAGAAUGGCACGACGUCUAUACCUAGUCACCAAGAUAUGCCCAGUCCUCCCAAGCAGGAAGCUGAUACUAAUGACCAAGGAACUGACGAAGAAACAGGAGUGAUCAGGUGCAUUUGCCUCUGUGAUGAUGAUGACGGGUUCACCAUUCAAUGUGAUCGUUGUCUCGUAUGGCAACAUUGCGCCUGUUUCGGCAUGUCACACUCCAGCGUGCCUGACGAGUAUCUGUGUGAACAAUGCGAUCCGCGCCCUGUUGAUUCUAAUUAUGCACGAGCAGUUCAAAGACGCCGCCUCCAAGAAGAAGCUCGUAAAUCGCAUCGAGCUAAGCACACAACAUCUUCAGCUGCGUCUACCUUGUUCGAAUCAGCUGCGAAUGCGGCCUGGGAGUCCGCCGUACAUGGCACCAAGGUGCCUGUGCCACGAAAAAAAAGACAGUCUAGUCGCUCACCUCAAACCCGCCCUGUUCCCGACCACGAAACUGUUGACGAUUUGGACUUGAAUGCGACGAGUUCCUCUCGUUCCAAGCCUCGAAAUAAGCGUUCACGAAGCCACACGCGAAAGUCAGUGGCUGGUCCAUCUCCGUCAAAGGGCAGCGAUGAUGAAGAAAUACCUAUGAAGUUUGAAUCUUGGCAAAUUGAGUUCACAAAUAUCGAUUCGAACCACAUUCGUGAACCAAACAUAUUACAAGUAAUUGCGACUCAUCUGUUUCACUGGACUGGUCGCAGUCCACUAAAGGCUACACCGGAUGAAAGUGGAUUCUUUGUUGCUCCUCUCCGCUGUAGCACAGUGCUUCCGCCCCACGAGCAGCAGCGCAAACUUUUACCAAGUGGCCUUGCUGCUGUGGGCUUUGAGACCAUUCCUGUGGAAAUUCAUUGCAAAUCACUGACUGAAUUGUCCACUCAUCCUCUCGUUCGUACGAUUUCUGACCAAGUAACGGGCAGCUUUUUCAACAAUAUCUCCCAUUUGCAACCGUUGCCAUCUGAGCCGCAGAACGUAUGGUCAGCAUCCAAAGCGUUUUGUCGACCUUCCAUGCAUGGACUGUUUUCUGACACCUAUAUUCCUGCUGGUGCAUUUAUCAUGGAGUAUCUUGGCGAGCUGUACAGUGCUGAUACGUACCGUUCAAAUCCCAUCAACCAAUAUGCUCAAAUGGGUACCACGAAGCCGCAUGUUCACUUGUUUCCUCAACCAUUGAACAUGGUUGUAGAUGCACGUAUGUAUGGCAAUUCAGCACGGUUCGCGCGUUCAAGUUGUCAUCCCAAUGCUGUUCUCCGCUCUAUUUUUCACUACGAUGGUUCCAGUGAUAUUCCAAGGUUGUCGUUCGGUAUAUUUGCUAUCUCGGCAAUCCCCAAAUCUCAAGAAAUCACUCUUGGAUGGGAAUGGGAUGAUCAUCAUAUCGUACACAUACUCCCUUCUUUGGCUCGUCGUCCAUGGGCUAUGGAUGAUGCGACACGUUUGCGCAAAUCACUGUCACCAAAGGAAGAAAUGAUGUUAGCUGCAGAAGAAUUUUCAGCGCGUGGUGACUUUCCCUAUGGAUCCACGAUUCUUGCUCGCAAGUUUAAUGCCAUCCUGUCCAUUAUAUUGAGUUAUACCACAUGUGGUUGUGUUGGCCCAUCAUUAGGUGGCUCCAGUACAAAUUCUCUGCACACUAGACGUCAAAAUUGUGCUGUAACGCAAAUGCUGCGUGCAAGUCAAGGGAUGCCUUUAUUAUAUACAUCGCCUUCGCCCAGAAAUCCAAGGAUGAAACCUAUUGCUUUUGAGCCUUUGGUUGGCGUAUUCCGCCAUUGGGUGCCAGACUUGAACAUGGAUCCGACUACGCAUUUGUGUGCUAAAAUUUCUCAAAACGAAUGCUUCGUCCAGCGUGUUCCAUACUCGGACGAACCACCAAACGCUUGGGAUUCGCUACAUAACAAGCCCGAGUCGGAGCACGAAAGUGAUACUGAAAGUGAAAGUGGUGCUUCAACAGCAACAGAGAUUGUAUCAGAAGACUAUCCUUAUGCAAGCGAAAAUGAGGAUGCAUUGGUGAAAGAGGCCUUGCGACAUUUGGAACAACAGAGUCGGUCGAUUCUUCCUCUCAAGAAGAGGGCUGAUCGUAUACGAACGAAAGACAAAAUGUCUGGGAAUGACUCCCGCCGCAUAUCGAAUUUGGCUUCAAGGUCGGAUACAAUUAGUCCUCCUAAUGAGCAAAAAAAUAGGAGUCUCUCCAAAGUGACCCCAGCUUCUCAGUCAGGACUCAAGCGACAAAAGCGCCAUUUGGAUAAAGUCGAUUUUUCCUCGUCUGAUGAAGAAGGUGCACCUGUUUCACCGUCUCGCCAUAUUAGGAAAAAAUCGAUGCAGUCGCUUGCCGGUAAGCAUACGCUCAAACGUGAGCAUUCCGACUUAACUGGUUCGCCCCAGGUCCGCCCCGUUGCAAGUCCAAGUCCUCAAUUAGGCCCUGUGCGUCCGAUGUCGCCCACUCAGUCGCGUUCAGGCUCCGUCACACCCCCCCUUCUGUCCUCGAGCGCUUCAAAACGGCCUUCAGUCGACUCUCAAACGGCUGCGACCCCAGCAGUUUCAGUCGCUGCUUCAUCCCCACUCGAAACCAACACUUCUAUACAGCGACGGGAAUCAUCGGUCAUGAGUGGUAAUAGUUCAUUACCACCAGCCCCACCCAAACGCCUCUCAUUGGCAGAAUAUAAAAAGCGCUUGUCUUCGCGACGUAGACCGGAGAAUCAGGUCCAGUCUGAAGCAGCCGACACACCCACUGCUCCAUCAAAAAUCGUCUCAUUCGAUUCCCAGAGAGAGAAACCCGUGCGAAACGACGGGGCUUUGGAUUUACCAAUCCAUGACCCAAUUUCUUUGCAAGCAGCACCAAGCUCGCCAGUAUCGUCAUCAUUACCGUCCAUGGAACGCUCGGGUAUUCGCUCCGUGAUUAUACCUCGGUCGCCACCUCAGGGAACAGCAUACCUUCCUUCAACUACAAAUUUGAAUGAAGUCUCCUCUGGGGCGGUGCUCGAUCCAUUAUCGAAGUCCUCUGAGCUCAAUUCUGGUACAAUGUCACGGGCACCAACAUUGCCUGUUGCAUCGUCAUCGUCUUUGCUGUCCAAUCUUGAGAAGGAUUCGGUGCCUACUAAGGGGGGAUCUUCACUCGUGCAAUCAUCGUUGCCCCGGUCGCUACCGGUUGAAUCGCCUUCAGCGCGUCUCCAUGCAUCUGCUCCGCUGAUUUCCUCAUUACAGACCCACGCACCACCACCUGGUCCGCCGCCGGGUCCACCACCACCUAUGCCUCCCCGACUGCGCGCGGCACAAAAUCGCGUGGAUGAGCGAAAUCGUCAAGCUCACACAAACUCUUCAGCGCAAUCGACGACGCCGGAUGCACAUGACCUCCGCGCCUUGCAGGCAUCACGCCAUGGCACGGGAUCCAAUUGUAGCAGCUGGCGCCCUGUUCAUUGA